GGCGCAAUCCAAGGCCUGACGGACAUGCUGUGUUCAUGAAGGUAACAACAGGAGUGCUAUUUCCGUGAGACAAUCCUGUAGAUUUCGGCCAAUACCAAAUCCAGAUUUACAAGCGUGCCACUGCUGAGUAACGAGACCACAUCUCACCAUCACUGCGGGCGAUCUUGCUCAACCUACUGCGUGCUUGUGCCCCUCACCACCAGAUUUAACUGGGAGCCCCGCCUUGUCCGCUUCAUCUCAACUCAUUCCCCUUCAAGCCAAGAACAACACACAUCCAUCGACACCAUCAUACUCACAAGCCGCCAUCAACAACAAUGAAGGCCUACUUCUACGACGACCUCCCCGGCGACCAGCGCCUCCCGCACGACACCAACAGCCCGGCCCUCCCAGAAGCGGCCCUAGCCGAGAUCGGGGUGCUGUACUUCCGGAUGGCGGACCUGGCCGGGGUGGACGCGCUGGCGGGCCAGCGCGGGUACCGGAACCGGGACGAGAUCGUGGUGUCGCCGCGCACGAUGGGGGACGCGUACGAGGCCAAGGUGCGGCAGUUCUUCGACGAGCACCUGCACGAGGACGAGGAGAUCCGCUAUGUGAGGGAUGGAAGGGGGUAUUUUGACGUGCGGGAUAAGGGGGAUCGGUGGGUGCGGAUCGCGUUGGAGAAGGAUGACCUGAUUAUCCUGCCUGCGGGGAUCUACCACCGAUUCACGACCGAUGAGAGCAACUAUAUCCAGGCGAUGCGCUUGUUCAAGGAAGAACCCAAAUGGACGCCCCUGAACCGGUCCGGGGACCUGGACGCGAACCCAUACCGCAAGGAGUAUGUCUCGCAGUUCCUGGCGUAGGGUGUUGGCAUGUCGUGGGCACCAUGAGCGAUGUAUUUAUUCAAUGUGAAGCGUGUUGGAGUUGAUCAAC